CGUAUGCGGAGAUUGCGCACUAGCGCGUUAAUAAUUCACUCUUCUGCGAGCGCGCGCGCACGCACAUAUACACGAAAAGUGCCACGAGCUUCUCUCGUUUCAACGGUGUUUCCGCGCGAAGCGCGUCAUCGCGAUUCGCGAGCGUUCGCGAGCUUCCCUUCGAUUGUCUCGUUCGAUGCAUUGCUCGGCCGAGAAACGUGAUUGAGAACGUCGCGCGCGCAAAAAGAAUAGAAGGAUCGUCGCGUAGGGGGAGAGAGAAAGAGAGACAGUGGGCGGAGUUUGCGUCCGAGUGAAGUUAGCGGCGAAGGCACGCGGUUCGAGAACGACGCGUUUCUCGAGCAAGUUCGCGAGGUAAGGACCGAUUGCUCUCCGGAAGAAAUCGCUGUUCGCUUACUUCCAGCGUAGGAGAGGUUAUGGGAUCGCAGUUACGGAUGCCGGAGAUCGAGCCAUCGUAAAUAAGGUGGAUGCGCACGCGGCGGUCAACGACGGGUCGUCGCGCGCGAGAGAGAGAAGGGUAGAGGGAAAGAGGACGCGCGGCGGCUGGUGCGAGAGGCAGAUGCAUGGGACGCUCUGAUUGGCCGCGGCGGCUGCUAUGGCCGCCGAUUGGCGUAUCGCACGCAUAUACCCGAAGUCACAGUACGGACGCGCACGUACACCCGCGAGCCGCGUAGCAGUCGCUCGAGCGACCGAGGACAGUGAGAAGAGCGACGGAAACGGUCGGUUCGCGCGCGUCGUCGCCGUCGUCAUCGUCGUCGUCGCCGCUGCAGUAGUUUUCUUGUAAGGCGGAAAGCUUCGUGCGCGACGUCCGUGACGCGGGUGACCGGGAGAACGACGCCGAUCUUCAGCCAUAGCGAAUAAGAGCCGUAGAACCAUUGAGAGAGAGAGAGAGAGAGAGAGAAGGAAAGAGGGAGAUAUAUAUAUAUAUAGAUAUAUAUAUAUAACUAGUGUGGAGACGUCUUGACGAGGGGAGGAGUGCGGUCCGGGCGCGACGCCGACCGUCUCGACACAACCGCGUAUACGUAAAACCCGACAAUCCGUCAAUGUUAGAGCCGCCGGAGGCUCCAUUCUCAACUUGCCCUAUAUUGUGUAUACCAGAUUUUAGAUAUCAAUAAUUAGAAGCGCGAGUGCAUCGCCGAGCGCGAAGCGACACGGAGGGAACGUACGAGGAUAAUAGAGAAGGCAUCCCGGAGCGUGUUGGCGGCGCGAGAGCGAGCGAGACACGCGAGAGAGCAAAGAGGGAGAAGGAGGCAGGAACGAAACAGAGCGGAGUUAAAAUCACCGAACGAUAUACACGCAGAAGGACAAAGACGACGGCGUUGGCAUAACCUCCAAAGCGUUCGCGCCGCGCGAGGUAGCGAUGCGUUAAGUCACGAGGUAUUAUCUCAACGGAGAUAAAGUAGGAGUGAGAGAGAGAGAGAGAGAGAGUGAGAGUGAGAGAAUAUAUUUUUGCAAGUGCAAAACGCGCGCCUUUUGCGAGAAAGCGACGAUCGAAGACAACGAAUACCGGAAAACGAAGAGGGGGGGGAGAAGGAGAGAAGGCACGUGCAUCAUUUUACAUCCGGCCUCCUGUGGCAUCGUCCGACGAGACGAAACAGCACGGAACGGAUUCGGAUCUGUUUAAGUUUGUCACGGGUUCUUCCGCGACAUCUGGUAUACGAGUAUAACGCGUAGGUGCGUACGCGCGCGUAGUGGUGCGACAACACGAGUGCGCUCCGUCGGUCGUUCUGGGCGCCGCGACGGAGCGAAUAUAAAGUAUAAAAAAAAAAAAAAGGACUAGAGAAGAAACGCGCGCGCGAAAGAAGUGCUCGCCACGUAAACACGUAUAUACGCGCUUCGCCUACACAUACACACAUUCACGGACACGUAACGUGAGGCACGCGGACACGGUGGUCGACUGAUCACCACCGAGAGUGGAGCAGCGAGCAUCCGGUUGAUGGAUGAGACUGGCAGGAUGCUGCAACACGGAGGAUCAGAUGUGGGUCUGAUGGGUGGAAAUCAGGGCCAGGCGGCCCAGAACACCGCCGGCUACGGCAGCAUGGGCCCGGUCGACGGCACCGCGGCUCAGGGCCCCGAUCAGGCGGUCGAGGCCAGGAAGCAGGACAUCGGCGAGAUCCUGCAGCAGAUCAUGAACAUCACGGACCAGAGUCUGGACGAGGCACAAGCGAGGAAACACACUCUCAACUGCCACAGGAUGAAGCCUGCCCUGUUUUCUGUUCUCUGCGAGAUCAAAGAGAAAACAGGUGAGUGAUUUUUCUUUGCAAUAACAUUUUCAUUUACCAGUUUUUUUUUUUCAUCACGCUUGAUUUGCUCCACUCGAAUCAUUAAACAUGACGCACGUAUGACUCGCUCAUUUCGCGCCGUGCUAACAGAUGAAUGGAAUUUUUAAAUGAGUCUCAAUUUUGGAAGCGAUAAACUUUCUCGUUCGCGUGUGACGCAUCUUUCCCGAGACGCGUUGGCGGAUUCCAAUGCGGUUUCUCUCCCGUGUCGGGCCGACAAUGCCCGCCCGUGUAUUUAUGUCGCGUGUGUAUUUCACGCGGAAAUCGAAUGUUGCGAGGAUGCAUUAUUAUUUUUGCAGCGUCAUUGAUUAUAUCCGCGCGUGAGCAGUGCUCCAGCCCCGUUCCUCGAUGCGAACGAGUUAUUGUGCAUCAUAAAUCAUAGGUCUUAUUUAAAGCGCUGACUUUCGGCGCCCGGGUAUGUUUGAAAUUGAUUUUUAAAUUGCGUUUUUAACUCGCGCGGA